AUGGUGGGUGUGGUUCAUAGCAGAUGGUGUGGAUGGGGCGGGGCGACUCGGCACUGUGGGAUUCCGUUAUUCGCGAAAGUGCGUUUUGUGUCAUCUCCGUCAUACGUGAAGCGUUCGUUAACAAGGCUGGAGCCUUUCGACACUUGGGAUCUUGUGGUCCAUUCGGCCAUGGCGGCUGAAGUGAGUCCAUCAUCAACAGGCCUGUUACUCGGCGUCGGCGGCGUUCCCUUCUGCAGCUUGCCUCAAGGACCGGUCACAGGCAUCACCAUGGGUAGUUCCCCUAGCCACGGCAGCCAUAGCUCCCACGACAAGAGCUGGGACCACCCCGCGUCUGCCGCGCAAUCCCCUCUAUCAACAGACCACACCGACGCGUUUGCGCGUUCUCCGGCGGCGGAAACUGCAGACGAGCGCGUUUCAGACACAACACCCACGCGAGGAACUGCGGAGGCAGCGGCGGAAGGCGAGAGUCAGCCCGUAUUCCGCGCAGUGUGUAAGGACGAGAAGAAGGGAGCGUGGGAAGAGGAGUGGAGGGAGAGUGGGGAGCGAGCGGGAGAGGAUGCAUGCCGUUCGCGAGUUGCAAGCGGGAGAGGGGCAAAGAAGGGCGGAGAGGCGUGCGAGAUGGAGGGAGCGGAAGGAUCGGAGGGGAAUAAAGCGGCGGCAAGCAGAAUGAAAGGAGAAUCGGUGAAGGAAGAGGCUGGACGUGGCUCGACUGCCUUGGGGACAAGAUUCAUGGAGUUCGCUCACCCUUGCAAGGUGAAACGUGCUUCUGCACGCGCGCAUGAGCCAAGCUUGCCUGCUCUUUGCUCUAGGGCCUCUGCAGCGGCGGCGGCGGCAGCAGCUGCAGCAGCAACGUUGCCGACAGCAGCAGAAACAGCCAUUGCGGUGCCCAAGUUUCUCAUCAGCUUGUCGCGCGUUGAAAAGGAGGAAGAUUUCUGGGCCAUACGAGGAGGGAGGCUUCCUCUGAGGCCGAAGAAGCGAGCAAAGGCAGCGGAGAAAGGAGUCCAGCGGCUUCAACCUGGCGCUUGGCUGACUGGAGUGUGUUGUGAGCGGUAUCAAGUGCGAGAGCGGAAAUCUAAGAAGAAAACCCGUGGCCUUCGUGGGAUGAGUGGGAGAGGAAGCGAUACAGAGUGA